AUGGCUUCCGUAUUCUGCGCUAUCUCUUUCAUUAAAACCUUUUCAAACGCAAAUAAAUUUACAGCUGGAGUAGCGAUCUAUAGAGUAGGAGAUGACAAAUUUGUUGAAUAUAAAUUUAAAGCAUUUCGCUCUGAGUACACAACUCUAAUAGAAAAAAUUUAUCAAAACAAUAUAGCUUUAAUAAUUGGCCGUUUUGCGUUUGAAAAAGAGGAACUCAAUAUAACGAUUAACCAGUAUGUUCUGUUAAAUGUAUCAACUCUUGGUGAUGAUACAACUAUUUAUGACCUCCCUGUCGCCCCGGCCUUUGGAAUAUUCACGGCUCCCAUUCAAGAUCCGGCCAUAACAGAAAUACUGAUCCCACUCACUAAAUCAUCUUUCAUCCUCUGUGAAACAAUCGAAUGGAACUAUCCCACCUCUUUUCACAACACAUCCUCAAAUUCAACAUCUAACACCAAUUCUAAUCAAAGCAAUAAAUGUCAAAGAUUACAAGAUCUCGAGCGAAUCGCCGAAAAAUUCAACUCCCACUCCCCUUCUACUCAACAUCUAUAUAAAAAACCUCACUUCGCAAAUCCCCGUGACCCAACUCUAAAUCUUCCUCUACCCGAUGCUACAGUUAAUCAACUAAGAAUUAACCAACUACGAUCUACUAUAGAUAACAUUAAAGGAAAUACUUCAACACCUCCUUUAAAAGAAGCCCUUGACGAACCAACUCUUAAUAAAGACAAAACAACACCAGCUUAUGGAAACAAUACAAACGAAGAAAACCUCUACGAUUCUACAAGCUCCAAUACUUAUCUACAUACCACAGUAUCCGAUUUAUCAGAUUCAUCCGAAUAA